CAAAAUCACUGUGUCCGAUCCGGGCACUGGAUGCCCAUCAAAACUCAAAGGACCUUUGACAACGCACUUUUGAAGGAUUUUUACUUCUUUACUGGAUUUUAUAAACAUGUCUUCGUCGUCUAGCCCGCCACCAGCUCGUGUGGAAGGAUGGCUAGAAGUAUUUGAGGAGCAUGGAUUGGAGUUUACCAAGCCAGGUUGUUUUGAUGCUAUACAUCUUAUUAGGUGGAAUAUACAGUAUAUUGUCUUACAAUACAAACAGAAGAAGCUUUAUCAUUGUGAGAAUAAACAGUCUGCUAUAGAGAUCCAACACCGAGCUCCUGGUCCUACAGUAAGACUGGAUAAGGAGCAAUGGAAUCUCUAUCAACCCUGGAGCGGGAGCUACAGUCUACCUUCAUCAGCCUCACCCAAGGUCAGAAGGAGCCCCUCCCUCCUACGCAAGGCUCAAAAAGGUACGUCAAGUGGUGCAUGGUUUCUAUGGUGGUCUCACAUAAUAUCUAUGAAUGGAGUGCAUACACUCAUACUCUUUUCACACUGGGAGGUGAUGUAUAUCUCAGAUCGGUAUAGCCCAGCCAGCUAUCCGAAGGCUGCCCUCACCACAAUGGACAUGAAACUAAUGAGAUGGUACAUCUCACUCAUCAGAAAGGACUUUGAAUCUCAACGAAGAUUCACAGAUAUUCUACCCAAAACUCUCAAAUACUUGGAAUAUCUCAAUGAUUCGGAUUUGGGUUACGGGGUGUUUAGGAAAGGAUGCGGAGGCUCCUGA